AUGUCGACCAUGCCCGCCUCUCACGGCCACAACGAGGCCUGCUGCAACAUCCCACCUGUCGUCACCAAGGGAUAUCAGCCUCUAGGGACUUACAAGGAGAUUGGGGGCUACAAGACUUAUGUCACUGGCCCCGUCGACGCUAAGAAGGCCAUUGUCGUUAUCUACGAUAUCUUUGGUUACUUCGAGCAAACCCUACAGGGUGCUGAUAUCCUCGCCUUCAGCGACGCCCAUCAGAAGUACAAGGUCUUUAUCCCGGACUGGUUCAAGGGUAGUCCCUGCCCCAUUGAGAUCUAUCCUCCGGACAAUGAUGAUAAAAAGAAGCAGCUUGGCGAAUUUUUCGAGACCUUCCCUCCUCCUAAGAUUGCUGGCCAAGUACCUGACUACGUCAAGGCUGUUAAGGAGCAGGACUCUUCCAUUGAGAAGCUUGGAAUCAUCGGUUACUGCUGGGGUGGCAAGGUCGUCGCCCUCAGUGUCAAGGCUGACUCCAACCCCUUUUCCAUUGCCGCUCAGAUUCACCCUGCCAUGGUUGAUGCGACCGAUGCCGAGGGUCUCUCAGUUCCCACUAUGUUACUCGCCUCCAAGGAGGAGCCUGAAGAAGAGGUCAAGAAGUUUGAAAACAACCUCAAGGUAGCCAAGCACGUUGAGACCUUCGAGGAUCAGAUUCACGGCUGGAUGGCUGCUCGUGCCGAUCUCAACGACUCCCGCGUCAAAGAGGAGUACGAGAGAGGCUACAAGACCGUCGUUGAGUUCUUUGGUAAGAACUUCUAA